AUGAAGUGCGACCGUGUUGUUAGUUUGGUCGCGGUCGUGGUCGCGCUGCUGCUCCUGUGGCCGGCGUUGAACUCUGCAUUGACGCCGGUGUCGAGGACCAUCACCGUGGACCGUGAUGGAGGAGGGGACUUCACGAGCGUGCAGUCGGCGGUGGACUACGUGCCCGACGGCAACCAGGCGUGGGUCAGGAUCCACGUCCGGGCAGGGAGCUACACGGAGAAGGUGACCAUCCCGGCGGAGAAAGGCUACAUCUUGCUGGAAGGGGACGGCUCCUGGAACACGGACAUCAACUUCAACGACUACGCGGGCGCCAACGUCCGCCGCCGCCGCUACACAUCGCCGACGUACCAGAGCGCCACCUUCACCGUCCUCGCCGACAACUUCGUCGCCCAGAACAUCGCCUUCAAGAACACGCACAACGCUUACGACAAGGUCAACAAGAGCCAAGCGGUGGCGGCGCUGGUCCGCGGUGACCGGAACGCCUUCUACGACUGUGCCUUCCAUGGCUUCCAGGAUACGCUCUGCGAUGACCUAGGCCGCCACUACUUCAGCCGCUGCUACAUCGAGGGCGGGAUCGACUUCAUCUUCGGCUACGCCCAGUCCAUCUACGACGGCUGCACCAUCGUGUCCAACAUGCCGCCGUCCCACCGCCAUAACCGGCCCGGGUCGAUCACGGCGCACGGCAGGGUCCACGCCAGCGACCCCGGCGGCUUUGUGUUCAAGGGCGGCGAGGUCAGAGGCACCGGGCGCCAGUAUCUCGGACGGGCGUGGAACAAGUACGCCACCGUCGUCUACUACCACGUGAACAUGUCCAGUGUCGUCGUCCCGCUGGGGUGGGCUUCGUGGAACGCCGGCGACGACACUAGCGAUGUCGUGUUCGCAGAGGUUGGGUGCACCGGGCCGGGGUCAAACGUGACCGGGAGAGUGCCGUGGGAGAAACAACUGAGCGACGCCGAGGUGGACAAGCUCGUCGACAUGAGCUACAUCGACGACGGUUGGCUAGACGAGCAGCCACAGUAG